AACCAGUUGACGAUGAUCAGUAUCAGCAAGACAGCAAACCAACUAGAAAACUUAACAAACUUUCCCAAUCAUUUUCUGUGUAUGAAACUGUUAGUUUCUCAGUCGGCAAAUGUUUUUAAGAUGCCACAUCUCUUGAUCUUCCGGACACAUGAAAUCGGAUAUUCCCAGUCACAGUUUGAAACAAGUUCCGAUAUGACUAGAAUCCUUUCUUUCCUUUCCAUUUUCAUCCUCUUGGUUUCAUCAUCUUCUUCGGAAUCAUUCUCUGGAAAAUUCAUCCAAUGCCUUUACCUGAAUUCACCCCCACAAAUUCCCAUCUCCGAAAUUGUAUACACCCCCAGAAAUUCUUCAUACACAGUCAUCCUUGAAUCCACCAUUGAAAACCUCAGAUUCUCUUCCCCGAUAACCCCAAAGCCAUUGAUUAUAGUCACACCCCUCGUUGAUUCCCAUGCGCAGGCAACAGUCAUUUGUUGCAAACAACAUGGUCUGCAGGUCAGGAUCAGAAGCCGCGGCCAUGACUACGAAGGCCUCUCGUACACCGCCGGCCUCCCAUUCAUCCUCCUUGAUCUUCAAUUCCUUCAUUCCAUUAGCAUUGAUGUAGAAGAAAACACCGCUUGGGUCGAGGCCGGAGCGACAUUAGGCGAAGUGUAUUAUGCGAUUGCAGAGAAAAGUUUAGUCCAUGGAUUUCCGGCAGGGCUUUGCCCGCUGGUUGGUGUUGGCGGGCAUUUCAGUGGAGGUGGCUUCGGCACCAUAUUGAGAAAAUAUGGCCUGGCUGCUGAUAAUAUUAUCGAUGCUCAUGUCGUCGACCCUGAUGGAAGAAUUCUCGACCGAGAAUCCAUGGGAGAGGGUCUCUUUUGGGCCAUUCGAGGCGGCGGAGCCGCAAGUUUUGGUGUCGUUCUUUCAUGGAAAAUCAAGCUUGUUUAUGUACCUCCCAUAGUCACAGUAUUCAACAUUGCCAAAACCUUAGACAAAAAUGCCACAAAACUUGUUCACAAGUGGCAAUAUGUUGCUCACAAACUUGACAAAAAUCUUUUUAUUAGACUUGUUAUAGAAGCUGCAAAGGUGACAUUUGACUCCAUGUUUCUUGGGAAAGCUGAUGAGCUCCUGGAGAUAAUGGAGGAUGGAUUUCCUGAAUUGGGUUUGAAGAGUAGUGAUUGCAUGGAGAUGGAUUGGAUUGGAUCCGUUCUUUAUUUUUCCAAGUACCCAAAUGGGACAACAAUUGAAGCACUGAAAGAGAGGACACCGCAGGAAAAGAUCUCCUUCAAGGGCACAUCAGAUUAUGUGAUGGAUCCCAUACCGGAAGAGGGGCUGGAGAAGCUAUGGAAAUGGUGUUUGGAAGAAGAGAAUUCGAUGUUGAUCAUGGACCCCUAUGGUGGUCGGAUGAGUGAGAUUUCAGAAUCUGAAAUCCCAUUUCCACACAGAAAAGGGAAUUUGUUUAACAUCCAAUAUGUGGUGUCUUGGGAUGAUGAUGGAAUUGUGGGAUCACAAAAGCACAUAGAUUGGAUAAGAAGGGUAUAUGAGCACAUGACUCCUUAUGUGUCUAAAAGUCCAAGGGCAGCAUAUCUAAAUUAUAGGGAUCUUGAUUUGGGUAGGAAUGUGAAUAAUGACACAAGCUAUGCAGAAGCUGCAAGAUGGGGGGUCAAGUACUUUAAAGGUAAUUUUAGGAGGCUGGCAAUUGUGAAGGGUAAGAUUGAUCCACACAACUUCUUUGCAUUUGAGCAAAGCAUCCCACCUCUCAUUUCAAAUGAAGGGAUGAGGGAAAUAGAGUGACAAAGAGGGCAACUUGCAGUUGCUGAAAUGAAGGUCCUGUCAGCUUUAGGGCUUUAGAUGCCCUUCCCAUUGGUUAUGGUGCCCAGAGAUUUGGUUGCAGCACGUUUUGCGGUAUUCUUUGAAUUCUGUGUUGGUAUUUCUUUCUAUUGGCUUUGAUUUGAACAUCAUUAGUGUCUUCUCCAUUGUUGUGGCUUUCCUUCAGGUGUACUGUUGUAGUCCUCUCGGUUGCACAAUCUCUAGCGAACCUUGUCAAACCACCUUAAUUGGAAGCCAUGGUUCUUGGUCUUUGUGCCAAGAAUAAAUAGAGCCACGUCAUUUAUUUGAUGCAU